AUGGCUGAAAUUCAUGAUCUUGCUAACACCAUAAUCCCUUCAUCUACAAUAUCCAACCCCCGAAAGAGGAAGCAAUUGACUCGGACAUCCAAAAAGGGAGAAGUUGAAGAGGAUGACACGGAGUGGGUCCCUAGCCAACGAGAGACGGGUGCUAUCACCAAACUUUGGAGUGAUAAUGAUGAAAUUUUUCUACUUGAAGCUUUGAGGAAUAGCCAUGACAAGUCUGAUAUGAUCAUGUUACAUAGUAUUACCAUGGGAUGUUUUGAAAGACCAUUUUCCAAACUUCAGGUGAGUCGUAAGGUCCGAACUCUCAAGACUAAGUUCUUCAACACUUCAGAAGAGGUUUUGCCUGCAAGCACCCAUGAAGCCAAGAUUCGCGAGCUUUCCAGAGAGAUUUGGGGUCAAACUCAAACUACAACUGUAGAUGUUGGUCCUUUUUUGACACCAAGAGAGUUGGAGGCACGCUAUCCACGUGUCAGUGCUAGUAUAGAUGAUCUGCCCCCAUAUAACAAGAUGACUGUGGAAGCAAAAAACGUGAUAAGAGAAUGCAUGUGCUUUAUUUCUCCAGAAGAGCUUCAUGAGAUCGAAUAUGAAUGGGCUGAUUAUCGUGAAGGGGAGGUCAUGAGUACUGCAAAACAGAUGUCUCUCAGCAAUAAAGAGUCCAAACUGCUUCAAAAGGGAAGACAUGCUUAUAACCUAGAGCAUAGAGUUGUUUAUCAUUCUCACUAG